AUGGCCCGCCGGUUCGCCUUCGUCUUCCCCAUGGCCUCGGGGCAUAUGAACCCAUCGCUGCCGCUGGCCCGACGUCUGGUGAGCCUAGGCCAUCAGGUUCACUACAUCAGCCGGGAGCAGAUGCGGGAGGCGAUCGAGGACACAGGGGCCACCUUCCACUCAGACAUGGAGGAGAUGCCGGAGUUGUACGAGGGCCGCACGCCCGACCUCUUCGCUGCAUUGAAUGACCUGCGCAUAGAGUUUGGCCUGGAGGAUGACCCCUACAUGAUAGCCUUCACCAAGCUCAAGGAGAUUUGCUUGGAGAUGAUGAUGCCCGGCCUGCUGCGGUGGCUGGCCAGGAUCCGCGCAGAGGCGGUGGUGUGCUGCCCGCUCAUGAACCGCGAAGCCUCCCUGGGGGCGCAGGUGCUGCGGCUGCCCUGCGUCUGCCUCCUCACCACCGCAGGCCCCGGGGCGAUGCCCGUCGCCAUGGCGGAUAUGCUGAAGACCUUCAACAUCACCCUGGAGCAGUGCAUGGAGGAGAGGGCCAAUUUUCAGCCCCUUCUUGACAGCCUGCAGCGGCUGCGGGAGAAGUACGGCGUCAAGGUGGAGCUGACGGACGACAUGUGGCCCAUGGGCCUCAGCGCUGCCUCCUGCGAGUCGAAGCUCACCUUGGUGACCACCGCUGAGUUCCUUUCAGAUCCUUUGCCCCAAGAUCUGCAAAAGCUCUACGACGCAGCCGGCUGCACCUUCGCGUACGUCGGCCCCUUGCUGGACAAAGCGGGCGCCAAGCGCGCCGCCGGCCACAAGUUCGAGCUGAGCGACGGGCGCGCGGAGGCCGCGGAGCCCGCGGCGGACGUGGUGGCGAUGCUUCGGGCGGCCAAGGCGCAAGGAAGGCGGGUGGUCUAUGCCAGCAUGGGCACCGUCAUCACGGGAGACAGCCCGGAGAUGGGCUGGCAUGAUCGGAUCAAGAAGGAUGGCGUGCCCCAGGGCUUGACGGGCAAAGAGCUGUGCCAGGCGGCCUGGAAAGGACUCUUCGACGCUUUGGGCACGGAGGGCGGGCCUUUGCUGCUGGUGGCUCUUGGGCCCCAAAGCGACGCCCUCGAGGACCUCGAGGUGCCGGCAAACGCCUUCUGCCUGCCGGUCAUGCCCCAGGUGGACCUGCUCAAGUCUGGCGUGGACCUCUUCCUGACACACGGGGGGCAGAACAGCUUUAUGGAAGCUUUGAGCUCCGGCACGCCCUUGGUGGUCUGCCCCGGCUUUGCGGACCAGCCCAUCAACGCCCAGAAGGCCGUGGACCUGGGUGUGGGCCUUCAGGUGCCGCGCCCCGAGUGCCGGAUGGAAGAUGCUUCCCGUGAAGCAGCCAAGUACCAAGCGGCCACGGCAGCAGCCGUGGCUGCGGUGCUGGCGGAGCUCAGCUUCCUGCAGAAGGCGCGGGGCCUGGAGGAGGAGCUGAAGUCCGCAGGCGGCGUGGCAAAGGCGGUGGACUUGAUUCUCAGCACCCUGGACCACCCCCACAAGUUGGGUGGCGCAUGA